AUGAUGAAGUUUAUAGCUUGCAUUUUCUUUGCCUCUUUUGUGCAUUCGCGGCUACUCCGAAAGAGACAAACUCUGUGUCCAGAGAUCUGUGAUGUCUCGCGCUGUCCCCCUGCACCACAAUCGUGCUAUUACGGGGUUGUUAAGGAUUAUUGCGGUUGCUGCGUAAUUUGUGCCGCUGGAGAGGGCGAUCAAUGCGGCGAGCACGGGAUCGGGGUUUGUGGCGAGGGCAUGGUGUGUAACUACGACCCAGGUAAGCGCAAACACCGGGGCUCAUGCGAAUGUACUUCCACGGAGCCUGUGUGCGGGAGCGAUGGAAGGACGUACCCGAGCCUUUGCCGCUUGAGAGCCGAGAACAGAAGAGCUGACAUCACCGGAACACCCCCGGUAAUCUUGAUUCAGAAGGGCCGAUGUGAUUCAGGGUCCUUGAAUCCCAGCAGCAUGCGAUACAAAUUCAACUUCAUCGCUGAUGUGGUGGACAAGAUUGCCCCUGCCGUGGUCCAUCUGGAACUUUUCCGCAGGCUGCCGUUCUCCCAGCAGGAGAUCCCUGUGUCCAGUGGCUCGGGGUUCAUCGUGUCUGAGGACGGCUGGAUCGUCACCAAUGCGCACGUCCUGUCCAACAAGCAGCGCAUCAAAGUGGAGCUGAAGAGCGGGGGGCAGUAUGAUGCCACCGUCAAGGACGUGGACCAGAAGCUAGAUAUCGCGCUCAUCAAAAUCGAGUCGGAUAACCACCUGCCCGUGCUGCUGCUGGGGCGCUCGUCAGACCUGCGGCCAGGCGAGUUUGUUGUGGCCGUGGGCAGCCCCUUCUCCCUGCAGAACACUGUCACCACAGGCAUCGUCAGCACCACGCAAAGAGGCGGCCGUGAGCUGGGGCUCAAGGACUCAGACAUGGAGUACAUCCAGACCGACGCCAUCAUCAAUUAUGGAAACUCUGGGGGGCCACUGGUUAACUUGGAUGGUGAGGUCAUCGGCAUAAACACUUUGAAGGUUACUGCGGGUAUAUCAUUUGCAAUUCCUUCAGACAGAAUUCGUCAGUUCCUCACAGACUCCUAUGACAGACAGAUAAAGGGAAAGACACUUCCUAAAAAGAAAUACAUGGGAGUAAGAAUGCUUCAGCUUUCAACUGCUAUGAUCCGGGAUCUGAAGGAUCGUGACAGAGACUUUCCAGAUAUCAGUUCAGGAGUGUACGUGUACGAAGUGAUUCCUGGGACAGCAGCAUCCAGCUCUGGUAUGAAGAACCAUGAUGUGAUCAUCAACAUCAACGGCCAGCCAGUUCACACCACGGAGGAUGUGAGCGAGGCGGUCCAGUCCGGAACUGCCCUCACUGUGGUGGUGCGUCGAACCAACGAAGAUGUGACGCUCACAGUUGUCCCAGAGGAGAUAGACUGAGGUACAUCUCCACACAUAGUAUAAGCCUGUGAAUUUGUGGCCUCUCCACCAGCCAGGCCAUG